AUGGUGAAAAUGAAGGCAGAAUCGAUCGAUACUGAGAAACCGAGUCGUGGUGUAUCAAUUAUGAAGGAGAACGUGAUGCAUGAUGAUGAUUAUGGUGUUGAAGCAGAAUUGACAAGUCUUUCAUGGCUGCAAUCCCUCGAUAUUACAAGUGCUUCUAGUCUGCCCACACCGCCCUGUUCUCCAUCUCCACCCCCUAUAACGCGACAGCCAAGAAAAAAGCUCUCACCCCUGAUCAAGGCCGAAUUAGAUCUAGCAGCGAAUGCUGAGAAGUAUCGAACUGACCCAGACGCAAAACCGCCAUUUUCGUAUGCCACGAUCAUUUGCCUGGCGAUGCGUGCGAAUAAUAACAAAGUGUCACUAUCGAACAUAUAUGCGUGGAUUCGAGAGAACUUCUUAUUUUAUAAAUACGCUGACCCAGCCUGGCAG